UUGUUUUACUCUUGCUGUCUUACAUACCGCUUACAAAUCAUAGUCAUUGAUAUGUUGCCUUCCACGCUUCCGUUCGAAAUACCCUUCGUCACACAGCGUUAUUAUAUGGGUCAUCAGGAAUUACAGAGAGGUGACCUUUAACCUAUUUGACCUUUUGACGCGGUAAGGCUGGUACCGCUGAUCUUGAGGAAAUCCGGUCUCCUUGUUCUCUGGGCUUGGACUUUUGGACAAAGGGGAAUUUCACAAAGCCUGGGAACGAUGUCAGAGAAGUCAUGUCGUGGGGAGAGCAGUCGUGACCAACAGAUGAUGGAGGCAGACAGAAAUCAACUUCAAGAGGGAGGAGAGAAGCACAACUGCCUAGAAACAGACUGUGGAGAGAUGAAACAAGAACAGGUCAUCAAGACUGAAACUGAUGAGAGGCUACAGAAGUUCAUGUACCAGGAAAUUGAAGGAUCGGUGCCAAAGAUAGACCGUCUCCCGACGACACAUUCCAAAGAUGGCGAAAAACCACGAGGUAAGAGACACCGCUGUCCGCAGUGUGGCUAUGAAACAGACGCAAAGUCUGCCAUGACAAAGCACCUCAGAACUCACACCGGUGAGAGACCGCACCGCUGCCAGAACUGUGAAUACACCGCUGUGCAGUCGCAGAGUCUGAAGCGCCACGUCAUGGCAAAACACUCCGGUGUGAGACCGUUCGUGUGUGGGCACUGCGGGUACUCGACCGCAGACAAGUACGUCCUCCUCAAGCACAUCAGGACGAUUCACGGCGGAGAGAAGCCGUAUAAAUGCGCGGUCUGCGAUUACUCCGCCUCAAAGAAGUGCAACCUGGAGGGCCACAUCAUGGCCAAACACAGCAACCACAGGCCCCACAAAUGCACCGAGUGCGACUUCUCCUCGGUCAGCAAAAAGAAUCUCAAAUUUCACAUGGCCACCCAUACUGGGGACAAGCCGUACAAGUGUGAGGUUUGCAACUAUUCUACUGCUCAGAAGCAUCACCUGAAGCAACACAUGGCCACGCACACUGGUGAGAAGCCUUACAAGUGUAACAUUUGCGACUACUCUGCUGCAGAGAAGUGCAACCUAAACAGGCACAUGUCUAAACACACCGGGGAUAAGCCAUUCAAGUGUAACCUAUGCGAUUAUGCCUCGUCACAGAAGUCUCACUUGAAGCUGCACAUGUCUAAACACACUGGCGUGAAACCAUACAAAUGUGAACUAUGUGAUUAUUCUGCAGCAGUGAAGUCGAGUGUAAAACAGCACAUGACUACGCACACUGGUGAAAAGGCUUACAAAUGCGGCCUGUGUGACUAUUCUGCUGCACAGAUGCCUCAUUUAAAACUGCACAUGGUGCGACACACUGGCGAGAAACCCUUCAAAUGUCAGGUUUGCGAUUAUGCGACAGCGAUGAAGUCAGCCCUCAGACAGCACAUGUAUAAACACACGGGAGAGAAACCGUAUAAAUGUGGCAUCUGUGGUCACUCCGCCACGCGAAUGUGUCACUUGAAACGGCACAUGGCUAAGCACACUGGCGAGAAGCCGUACAAGUGUGGCUUGUGUGAUUUUGCCGCCGUGGCAAUGUCUGACCUGAACCAGCAUACUAGGAUUAAGCACUCUGGUUUGAGGCCGUACAAAUGUGACAUCUGCGAUCACACAGCAACGAAAAUGUCUAAUCUAAAACGUCACAUGGAAAAGCACACUCGUGAAAAAAGAAAGAAAUGUAACAAUUCUUCCACAAAGUUGUCUAAUUUAAAGCAACACACCGUCACACAUACUGAACCAGAUAUACAGAAAGCACUUUGAUUACACAAAAAUAUUUUCUCAGCCAGGUCUGUUGCUACAAGCCAAUCACAAUGCUUCUCGGCAAUAGGCAGCAAGGUGAUUGGUCAGUGACUUUCCCUCCAUCAGGUGGGGGAUUGGCUGUUACACCUAGGCUGUCUAUUGGCAGGUGGUGGGCCAGGUAUGAGAGGAAGUGCAGAACUUAAAAACCCUUUUAAAAAUCUAACUUCUCAUUUAACAGAAAUAGACCAUUUAAGGUGACUUCACAUUGACGUUCUGAACAACGUGGUUCUGGGUAUAUUUGGUUUGUCAGUAGUUGUAUCAAAACUAAAAUUAUUUAGCAAUUUAACUCUUUCAACUGAUAUGUUUGAAGAAUUUUUAGUUGUUUAUAGUUGCACUAUGUUGUGGAAAUAUCCUCCAGUCAUGGUAGUUUAUUGAUAUUUUUUUAUUAAGAAUGUGUGUAAAUGAAUUUUUAGGGGUCACUGAAUUCUAUGUAACUUUUUGGACUUAUGAUCUCCUAUUUCACAAUGAAAUGUCGAUGCUUGAUGUAUAAUUUUCUACUUUUUCUUACAAUGAUUCUCAAAACUCAUCAAACACUAAACAGCCUAUAGAGUUAAAUGUGAAAGUGUUACAUCAUCUGGUUGUUUUAAUCCAUCGAACAUUACUGAUACAAA